GUUAAUUCUGCAGCACCGUUGUUGUACAGAACUAACUACAAUUUUGCUUUGCACAAAUAUACCACCAAAUUUUUAAAGCUAUUUUUUAACAUAAUUAUAUUCGUUCACGCGUACCACAAGCGACCAUUUACACCUCUGUUUUAGCGAUACAAAGUUCUGGGCACUAAAAAUAGCUACCACAAAAUUAGGUUUAUUCGUGUAUAUUCGUUGUAUAGUUCUGAUCUUGGUACCUCCUCAAAGGAUCUUUAAGAACCAAAGAAAGGUUUUCAGUUUGCUAGAAGCAAAUAAAUCAUUGUGCGUUUCUGACAUCGCAAGCAAAAACCUCACUUUGGAAAUCGUGCGCCUCGUAAUUUCACCCAGAGCCAAAAAUACAUUCUUGUGGCGAUUUGUCCUACAUUUGAUUUCAAUGGUGUGGAAUUUCUGACUCGAACCAAAACUAGUUUAUUUGGCCGUUUGCGAUAAGCAAAGUUUCUCUUACCAAACUUGCAUUUUAAUUGUACAUCAACUAAACUUAUUCGUAAACUUUCUUACGGCUAAACUAUAUAGAGACUAAUAUCUGAAACUACAUAUCGAUUUAUCACAUUCGGCGGGCUUAUAUAUCUCAACAAAAUUCCUAUAGCAGAGCUCAUUAUAACAUCAUACCAUCCAUUAUUGUUUGACAGAUUGUUUUCUUUUUCGUUCAGUUGUUCUUUUUCGUAUUACUGUUAGUUUUUUCAUCUGAGUUUGUAUCUGAACAUUAUAUCUGAAGUAUGGACAAGGAGACCAUAAGGAGUGUGAUCCAUAGACUGGAGGAGGAGGCAGAUGCUGCGAAGAAACAAGCCCGGACAGCGGAGGCCAAGAGAGACAGGGAGAGCGAGAGACUCAAAUCAGCCGAGGAGCAGGUGCUCAAGUUCAGAAAGCCGAUGGAGAAGAAGUUGAAGGAACUGCAGGAGGCGGAGCAGGAGAAGUCUCUCUUAGUAUCCAAGGUGGACACUCUGGCCAAUGCAGUGGAGAGACUGCAGGUGGAGUUCGAGAGUGGAUGCAAGAGACUGAAUGAGAUAGAUGACCAUCUGGUGUCCCUCCAGGAGAGGGAGGAGAAGCUAAAGGAGACUCAGAAGAAGAACGACGAGAACUUGGCUGAAAAGGAGAGAAAUCUGCGAAAACUGGAAGCUGACUUGGCUGCCAUCAAUCUGAUUGCUUCUCGCAAUGAGUCCAAACUGAUUGAGAAACAGAAGGACAUCGAGAGCCUCGAGAAAGUCCUCAAGGUCAACAGACUCCGAAGUAGAGCAAUGGCGGAUGAGAACGAAGAGAAAACAGACCAGCUGAAGUCCCUGGAGAAAGAGGUAGCCGAAGAGACGGAAGAGGUGAAACAUUUAGAAGAAGACAUCAGAAGUCUGAAGGCAGAGGUAGUGGAUGCCCAGGACGAACAGGCCAUGAUAGAGGAGAACCACUCCACACUCAUUAGAGCCAAAGAUGAGCUAAGAUCCGACACUUUCUUCAACAAGUACUACUAGGCCAGCAAAAUGAGAUAAAGACACUUCAUAUGUAAAUAACGCAGGGUCUCCGUACGGUUAUACUACCCAAAGUAAAAAGUUUCACCAAUAAAUGUAAAUGUAAUUGAACUCUUCAAAGUACCUAAGCGACUAAUUUAACGAACCAGUUAUGAGCAAGCAGACGCAAAGUCAUGUUUAGGGCAGUAUAACCGAGGCGACCUAUAGUAAGAUAGCUCUUUUUCAACGCUGAUAGUUCAUUUUUUUCAAUUUGAAAAAAAAUGUAUAUUUCAAAA